GGCGGAAGUAUUUCGGUGUUGCACCCCCGUCUCACCCAGCUCCAAGGCCCAUGUGCUGCUUACUGAGCGGCCAAACACCAGCACGUUAGACCUCUUUAAACCAACCCGUCGAUCACCUCCAUGCGUGUUUAGCCACAGCUAAGAAGAUGUUGUUGGAGGCCAAAGCAGCGGACGCGACUGUCGUCUAUGACGCCGUCACCGCGGCGGUACAGAUCCAGGUGGAGCCGGUGGGCCGGUGGUUCGAGGCGUUUGUCAGGCGGAGGAACCGGAACGUGUCGGCCUCCUUCCAGGAGCUGGAGGACGAGGAGGAGGAGUCUGAGGAGGACGAGGAUGAGGACCUGCAGCUGGUGGAGCACCCUCUGCUGAGGAGCCUGGACCCCAAGGACUGGAAGAAUCAGGAUCACUAUCAAGUUCUGGGAAUCGGCCACAUGAGGUACAAGGCCACCCAGAAGCAGAUCAAAACUGCCCAUAAAGCCAUAGUGCUGAAGCAUCAUCCGGACAAGAGAAAAGCUGCUGGGGAACAGAUUGUAGAAGGAGAUAAUGACUACUUCACCUGUAUAACUAAAGCCAUCGAGGUGCUGUCGGACCCGGUCCGGAGGCGGGCCUUCGACAGCGUGGACCCGACCUUCGACAACGCGGUCCCUCAGAAGGGCGAAAUAGCCAAGAACUUCUUCACGGCCUUCGCUCCGGUGUUCGACCGCAACGCCCGCUGGUCCUCCAGGAAACACGUCCCCAAGCUGGGCACCGCCGAGUCGACGUUCGAGGAAGUGGAUAACUUCUAUUCCUUCUGGUACAACCUCGAUUCAUGGCGAGAAUUCUCCUAUCUGGACGAGGAGGAGAAAGAGAAGGCAGAAUGUCGUGACGAGCGCCGCUGGAUCGACAAGCAGAACCGAGCGUCACGGACCCAGAGGAAGAAGGAGGAGAUGGUUCGCAUGAGGAACCUCGUGGACACGGCGUACAGCUGUGACCCGAGGAUCAAGAGGUUCAAGGAGGAGGAGAAAUCCAGGAAGGACUCUGAGAAGAAGGCGAAGGCGGACGCCAAGAAGAAAGAGCAGGAGGACAAGGACCGCGCUCGGCAGGCAGAGUUGGACGCGGCGCGCCUCCUGAAGGAGAAGGAGGACGAAGAGGCCAAGCAGGUGGCCCAGCUAGCCAAGAAGGAGAAGGAGAUACAGAAGAAGGCCAUCAAAAAGGAGCGGGGCAAACUCAGGACCGCCUGUAAGAACUGGAAUUACUUUACAGAGAACGAAUCAGACAACGUAAAAAUGAUGCAGGAAGUGGAAAAGCUUUGUGAUCGCCUGGAGUUGAUCAGUCUACAGACUCUGAAUGAGGUUCUGUCGACCAGCUCUCAGGAGGAAAGCAAGGUGGCUGUGGAGAAGCAGGUGCAGGAGGUGAACGCCCAGAUGCAGCGGGAGCGGGAGGCGGAGGUGCAGGCGCAGCAGGUGGUGCGCGGGGCGGAUCAGGCCUCCAGAGGGGUGAGCUCCGCGGGGGGCAAGGGCUGGAACGAGGAGGACCUCCCGCUGCUCAUCAAGGCUGUGAACCUGUUCCCCGCCGGGACCAACGCCAGGUGGGAGGUGAUCGCCAACUACAUGAACCUUCACUCCACCACGGGCAUCAAGAGGACGGCCAAGGACGUCAUCAACAAGGCCAAGAACCUGCAGCGCCUCGAUCCGGGGCAGAAAGACGUGAUCAACAAGAAUGCCUUUGAGAAGUUCAGGAAGGAGCACUCGGCCGUGCCGGUUACCGUGGACAACGCCGCGCCCUCGGAGAGGUUUGAAGGGACUGGAGACGCGGUGGCCUGGACCACUGAUGAGCAGAAGCUCCUGGAGCAGGCCCUGAAGACCUUCCCCGUCACCACGGCCGAGCGCUGGGACCGGAUCUCCUCCGCCGUGCCGGGCCGCUCCAAGAAGGACUGCAUGAAGAGAUACAAGGAGCUGGUGGAGAUGGUGAAGGCCAAGAAAGCCGCCCAAGUCAAGAAGUAGAGCAGGAGAACGGCUCAGGACACGUUUAUUUUAACAUUAUUCUGUUAUUUUAUAAUAAAAUUCAAAGCAGGAAAACGA